AUGCGUAGGCUGUGGUCGGAAGAAAGAAAUAGAGCCAAUGCCAACCCUGCUGUGGUGAAACCGAGGACGGGCACCAUGCAUUUUGUUUCGGAUGCGGCCAGGGAUCAGCGACGAUACCAGAUACCGACUGCUAACGAAGUUGCGGCCGUGUUUUUCGGUGACGAUGGUCGACCGCCUAGAGACUUCAAUCUGGUAAUAUAUGACAGGAAUCCUGUUAAUCCUCAACACAGGAUGCAAACCAUAUCCGUGGGUUCAUGUCACGCGGAUCCCAUGUUGUAUUCGCUGUUGUUUCCGUGCGGAGAAAGUGGUUGGCAUUUCAACAUGAUGCAGGAGGGUAACCGCAACAACCGAGUUAGCGUUCGGAACACUAUCCGGGAGUUUGUGUGUUAUCGUAUGGCCAUUCGAUAUGCAGGAAACAACGAUACUAAUCACGAAUACAUGAGUUUGUUACAUGGUGGUUGUUUUUUGUUGCAGCAGUACAUUUGUGACCAGUACCAGCGAUACCGAUGA